UGAUCUUUUGAAGUCGGUAAAAGAAGAAAAGGGGGUAACAGCAGUAACAGAGCGCGAGCGAGCGAGAGUGAAAAUAUCAUAAUAGAAAGAAGGUUGGGGAGGCGGCGGCGGAGGCGACCUGAGAAUUCUCACAGCAAGAAGACACAGGAACGAUGUGGAGAAGGGUUUGCUCGCAGCUCGCCCCCUGGCGAUCCACCACCCCUGGCGGCGCCGCCGUCCGCAACCGCGCCGCCGCCGCUUCAUUCAUCUCCUCCUCCGCCCUCCACUCUUGCUUACCCUCCCCCUCGCCCUUCCAACAGACCGCCCCCCUGUUCUCCACUGAUUCCGGUAAUGCGUCCUUGAACAAGAGGGUGGAGGACGUGAUGCCGAUCGCGACCGGGCACGAGCGGGAGGAGCUCGAGGCCGAGCUGGAGGGGAGGAAGCGGUUCGAUAUGGAUGCUCCGGUCGGUCCAUUCGGCACCAAGGAGGCCCCUGCUGUCAUCCAGUCUUAUUAUAACAAGAGAAUAGUGGGUUGUCCUGGUGGUGAAGGUGAGGAUGAACAUGAUGUUGUAUGGUUUUGGCUGGAGAAGGGCAAGCCACAUGAAUGUCCUGUGUGCUCUCAAUACUUUGUGCUGGAGGUGAUUGGUGAAGGAGGGGAUCCUGAGGCGCUUAGUGAUGAUGACCACCAUUGAAAUAAACAGAUUUCUGCAAAAUAAAAAAAAAAAUAGUGAGGCAGUCAUUCUGAUGCUGUAUAGCAGCGAAUGACUUUUGGUAUUUUUGUUUAAUCAAUUUUCUUGCCCCGAGCAUGGUGGUAUAUUUUUGUUUAAUUAAGUUGUUUUUGAACUUGGUUUUUUUGAGCUUUUAUGUCAAUCCUCAAUUAAUAAUAAAUGGCCACAUUAAACUCAACACUCUUCCUUGGUUACACUAAAUCAAUUUGAAACAGAUUCAUUC